GAGAGAGAAAGUGAGGCAGGGUGAGUGCAUGUGUGAGUGUGUGUGUGUGUGGAGGGAAAGAGAGGGGGGCGCGCACACUCCAGGUUGGCGCAGGCACCGGUCCGGGAGAACGGAUCGUUGUGCAAGGUGGCAGCAUGGCAUCGUCUCACGGGAGAAGCGACCUGCGGUUCGUGGAUUGGAUGGCAAGUUUACCGCAGAGCAUGCACACCAUCCCGCUCACCAACCUGGCGAUCCCGGGCUCCCAUGAUUCCUUCAGUUUCUACAUCGAUGAGGCGUCUCCCGUGGGCCCUGAACAGCCGGAGACGGUGCAGAACUUUGUGUCUGUUUUCGGCACGGUGGCCAAGAAGCUAAUGAGGAAGUGGUUGGCGACACAAACUAUGAACUUCAACAGCCAACUGGAGGCUGGGAUCCGCUUCUUUGACCUGCGCAUCUCUACCAAGCCCCGCGACCCUGACAAUGAGCUGUACUUCGCCCACGGACUCUUCAGUGCCACGGUCAGAGAAGGUCUGGAGCAGAUCAGUAGUUUCCUGUCAGCUCAUGCCAGAGAGGUUGUGUUCCUGGACUUCAACCACUUCUACGGCGUGCAGAAUCUACACCAUGAAAAACUGGUGGCCAUGUUGAAAGAAGUGUUUGGAGAGAAGCUCUGCCCCGUUGUUUUUGCUCAGGAGGUGACUCUGCAGUAUCUCUGGGAGAAGGAGUACCAGGUGCUUGUCUUCUACCACCACCCCAUGGCCCUGGAGGUCCCCUUCCUGUGGCCGGGCCAGAUGAUGCCCGCACCAUGGGCCAACACGACUGACCCGGAAAAGCUGGUUCAGUUUCUCCAGUCAUCCGUCACUGACCGCAGGAGGAAGGGGACGUUCUUUGUCUCCCAAGUGGUUCUGACUCCAAAAGCCAGUACUGUGAUGAAAGGGGUUGCUAGUGGACUGAGAGAGACGAUCACAGAACGGGCGUUACCGGGCAUGAUGCAGUGGAUCAGAUCGCAGAGACCGGGGGAAAGCGGCAUCAACAUUAUCACGGCAGAUUUCGUGGAGCUCGGGGAGUUUAUCAGCGCCGUCAUCACCCUCAACUAUCACCUGGAAGACGACGACGACGACGCCACCUGAGAGCCGGCAGGCGGCGUCAGGGAGCGCAGUGACCGCUCCUACCACAAGUGGUUGGGUGUGUGCCCUCACUUUUUUCUCUUUGGCAUUUAUUUAAAGAGAGGAGCUGCAUGGCUCCUUUCACUUUAUUUAGGGCUAUAGUGGAUUGCGAGAUCAAAUGUGGUUGACGGGAGAGUUGAGACUGGAAGACACAGAGCUGAUGUUUGGUAGGAGCACCAUGAGACGGAGGUUUUCUUUGGUUUGUUCCCUACUUUUGAGAAUGAAAAAUGCUCAUGUUUGUUUUUUUUAAAAACAAAUAUCUUUUUUUUUUUAAUUUAUUUAACUUAAUUUAUUCUCCAUGCUGUGAAAUAAUCUGCUUUUGUCACUGUUUUUAGACUUACCAUGUCACCAAGGGUAGGUUACUCAGAGCAUAUCUAACCUCUGCUAAAUGUAUCGGUACAUCAAUCUUGGUAUUCUAGUGGUUGUAACAGUU